CACCUCCCGGCCGCGCGGCCCGAACGAGGGUUUUCAGGAAAACACCAACCGCAGACUGCGGGAACGGUGCUACGGGAACGGUGCUACGGCGAACGGGACCCGACGGAACGGAGCCCCCGGCGGGACAGCCGAGUCGAUGGCGCUCGUGGAAGUUGGAUAACGGUGUCUGGCCUCGAGCAGAGACGUCGGAAGCGUCACGGCGGGUUCAACGGCAAAUGCGGUGUCGCCUGUUCGGCAGAGAGACGGAGAGCGAGAGGGGCCAAAGCGGACUCGCGCCCCCGGUGGAGCCGCUCCGCCUGAUGGAGGCUGACGGGACCUUUGCGGUGAGCUCGAGGCCCGGAAUGUCACCUGUGAAACGCCAACACCUCGUCGGAGGACGUGUCUUCUGAGGAGGGGGGGGAGACCGCGCACACCUGUCUGCGCUUUCGAGUUCUCGCCUGACAACUUCUCCCGUGCGCGUGCACACACACACGAACUAAAGUUAUCGGGUUGGCUGCGCGAGGCGACCCCCUCAGGCAAGAUGCCGGUCAGAGAGACCACUGAGCGGGAGGUCGCUCUGCGCCUCAGGUAACCCGGGACAGGUGACCAGCACGCGCGCUCUCAUGGACUUCAGGCUUCUCUCUCAGGAGGGGUUGCGGUGACAUUUCACCUGCAGCAACUUGAUUCCAACAUUUGAGCCGUUUUAGUUUUUCAAAACAACUUUUUGAGGAUUAAAAAAUAUAUAUAUAAUUUUUUUCUCUCAUCCAAGUGCCGCCUUCUACGUCAACCAUGUCAUCCAAAGACAAUCCUUGUCGGAAAUUUCAAGCCAACAUUUUCAACAAAAGCAAAUGCCAGAACUGCUUCAAGCCCAGAGAAUCCCACCUGCUGACCGACGAAGACCUGAACCAGGCGAAGCCGAUAUAUGGAGGAUGGCUGCUCCUGGCACCGGAGGGGACCAACUUUGACAACCCCUUACACCGAUCUCGGAAAUGGCAGAGGAGGUUCUUCAUUCUCUACGAGCACGGCUUACUUCGCUACGCUCUGGACGAAAUGCCCAGCACCCUGCCGCAGGGCACCAUCAACAUGAACCAGUGCUCCGACGUCGUGGACGGAGAGUCCAGGACGGGUCAGAAGAACUCUCUCUGCGUCCUGACCCCUGACAAGGAGCACUUCAUACGGGCCGAGUGCAAAGAAAUCAUCAACGGGUGGCAGGAGGCCCUGACCGUCUACCCCAGGACCAACAAGCAGAACCAGAAGAAAAAACGCAAGGUGGAUCCCCCCUCUCACCAGGGCGGAGGAGCUGCAAGCCAGAGGUUUUCCACUAGAGACGUGAAUGGACACCCAGAGCCCGGCCCCAGCAAGGUGACGGUGACCAGCAGCAGCGGAGGCAGCGUCCCGUGCGUGGCCGGCAGCAUCGCCGGCGCCGAGCGAGUCCCGAUCAGCCGCGCCACCCUGUGGCAGGAGGAGCACCGCUGGAGCCGCGCCUCCAUCCCCUGCAGCCGCAGCGCCUCCUGCCUCAGCCAGCUGAGCCAGCCGGACGCCGCCGGCGCAACUCAAGACGAUGGCGGCACCAUGAGCGCGGGACGCAAGGUGCGGGUGGAGAGCGGUUACUUCUCCCUGGAGAAGACCAAGUCGGAGCCUUUUCCCCAAUGUCAGCCGCCGCAGCACCUCCCCUUGUCCUCGUCGCCAUCUUCCUCCUCGUUAGGAGCUCUCAGUCCCAGGUACACCUCUGAGUCUGAAUCCCAAACUUCCCCCUUUCAACCCUCCCGAGAUGCCCUCCCUUCCUCAGGUGCACUCGUUUCCCCCAGCUCCUCCGCCAUCAGCUCCUCCCAGAGCUCGCUGGAUUCUGAACCCGGUGGGACGACACCCACCUGGGAGGGCCGCGUUGGUGGUGGAGCUGGUGGUGGAGGUGGAGGAAGCGCUUGUAGUGUCAGUGGCGGAGGAGGCCUUUGUAGUGUCAGUGGCGGAGGCGGCAGAGUGGGCCGGCCCGGCCGGGAGUACGCGGCGCUGUCCGAUGUGCCGCGGGCUCGCCGGCUGAGCCACCGCGAAGCCUUCCGCUCAGAGAAGAAGCGCCAGGAGCUGAGGACCCGGACCAGGAGUCCCGGCAGGGAGGAGGUGGCUCGGCUGUUUGGGGAGGAUCGCAGGCGUUCUCAAGUCAUUGGCAGAUUUGAGGAGGGUCAGCCUGUCGAGCGCAUGGACAUGAGCAGCUCCACGGAGCCCGCCGCCACGCUGACCCCGAGACAAGGACGCAGCGAGAGGCGCUAUCUGGCCAACAAGCAUGACAUGUCACUGGAUGCAGGAAAGGAUCGCUCCGACCCGGAUGUGUCCAGCUCCACUUGUGCUAGUUUAAGAAGAGCCAAGUCACUGGACCGCCGAGCCACCGAGUCCUCGAUGACUCCAGAUCUGUUGAACUUCAAAAAAGGAUGGAUGACCAAGCUGUAUGAAGACGGAAUGUGGAAGAAACACUGGUUUGUCCUGACGGAUCAGAGUUUGAGGUGCUACAAGGACUCGAUAGCCGAGGAGGCUUCCGAACUGGAUGGUGAGAUCGACCUCUCCACGUGUUACGAUGUCAAAGAGUUCCCAGUCCAGAGGAACUACGGCUUCCAGAUCCUCUGCAAAGAGGAGGCGUGCACCCUGUCGGCCAUGACCUCUGGGAUCCGUCGCAACUGGAUUCAGGCCAUCAUGAAGAGCGUGCGGCCGGCCGUUGCCCCAGACGUCACCCGGAAAAACAUCUCUCUGAAACUAUCCGUUCUGAAGCCCAGAUCUCUCGCUGACGAGAAGACAAAAGCCCAUGUGCUGUUGGAGCCGUGUCCACAGGUCACCUCUGAGCCCAGUCCCAGUCCCGAGGCCCCCGAGUCUGAUGUCCACAGACAGCCAGCUGGCGCCAACGCCUCCGCCGCCAACGCCUCCGAGCUCAGAAAAAGCCGCGUUCGCGAGCGCAGACGAGAGGGUCGCUCCAAGACUUUUGAUUGGUCCGAAUUCAAAACGGAGCGGACGGAGAAGUCCGUGAAGGAGCGAGCGGACACGAUCGACCUCAGCUCGUCGUUCUCCACAACGUCCUCCUGUUGCUCUCCCUCCUCUUCCCCUUCCUCCAUGGCGUCCUCGCCCGUCUCUAGCUCCUCCCUGCAAACCUCGUCCGUGUCGGGCGCUCACCCGCCUUCUGUGAGGGUGGAAGCCGAACAGGGGAGCGUCGGGAGGAGCGUCCCUCCUCCGCGCAGUGUGACCCACAUGCCAAAUAGUGUUACCGUUACCAUGAUCUCCACGCUGAACACGACGCCACCGGCACAGCCGUCGAUACCCGAACGCCAAGAGCACGGACGGAUGGAAGUCGACCGUCCCGCCGGCGAAGAUAAGAAAGACGACAGGACCUCAGACGUGCAAGAGGAGAUCGAGCAGCAGUGGCAUCAGGUGGAGACGACGCCGUUAAGAGAGGAGAAGCAAGUGCAGAUCCACACGGCUUCGGGAAACCCGGACCGGUUGCCUGCACAUGAGCUCGCUGCACUGCUGGACAAAGAGCUGGGCCAGAAGCAGCAGGAGCUGGACGGACUGCAGAAGCAAAACAAUGUUUUAAAGGAGCAGUUGGAAGACGCACUGGGGAGGGAGCAAAGUGCCAGAGAUGGCUAUGUACUGCAGAAUGCUACGCCCCCUUCCUCCUCACCGCACAGAGUGCCAUGGCAAUGCCUGCACAAGCUUAAUCAAGACUUGCAUGGCGAGCUGGAGACCCAGAAGCACAAGCGGGACCUCGCUCAGCAGCAGAUCCGAACACUAAAGAGAAGCUACACCGAAGCCCAGGACGCCGUGGACCACCACGAGGCUGGGAUUCAGGCUCUGCAGGCCAAGCUAGCGUCUGCAAUGGCGGAAAUCUUGGCCAGCGAACACGCCGUGGCCAGAAUGCGCAACGAGCUCAAGCUGGAGCAGCAGCGCUCGACGGAGCAAGACGAGGAGCACGGCCGCGGCGAGGCCACCCUCCGAGCCCAGCUGAAGGACAGCGAGGACAGACUCCGCGAUAUAGAGGCCAGCCUCUUGGAGAGAAACCAGGCCCUGAGGCACCUGGAGCGCCAGCAGGCGCUGCAACGAGACCACAUGAGGGAGAUCCAGAGGCUGCAGGAGAGGCUGCAGGAGGUGACCGCUCGGCUGAGCGCCACCGAGGACGGCCACGCGCUGAAGGAGGAGCGCCUGAGGAGGGAGCAGCACAGCAUGCAAGAGAGCCACGAGAGCGAGAGGCAGAAUCUGCGUCGCCGCCUCGCCGAGGCCGAGAGCGCGCAGAAGGAGACGGAGAGCCGACAGCUGGAGGCCGAGCGGCACGUGGAGGCCCUGUUGAGAGGGAGGCAGGCCUCUGGGGGAACGGAAGGCAGGGAGGAGAUGCUGAAGUUGCAAGAGGAGCUGGCCCAGAAGACGGACAUUGCCGAGUCCCUCAGGGAGAGCAUGCGGCGGCUAGAAGAAGAGAAAGGCCGUCUCACCUGCCGCUGUCAGGAGCUUCUGAACCAGAUUGCAGAAGCAGACCGGGAGGUGAGUAAGCUCCGCAACCGCCUGGAAACGGAGGAGGCCGACUACUACAUCCUGGAGCACUCCUAUGAGAGGGCCACCCAAGAGUUUGAGAAGAUAAGCCAGUUCCUGAGAGAAAAAGAGGAGGAGAUCCAGCAGACGAAGGAGAUGUACGAGAGGCUGGUGGAGCGGAAGGAGGAGGACCUGAAGGAGGCCCUGGUGAAAAUGGCCGCGCUUGGCAACAGCUUGGAGGAAACGGAACAGAAGUUGCAGGCGAAGGAGGAGCUUCUUUGUCAAAUGAGUCAAAGCAUCUUGGAUAAGGUUGAGCCCUGCAGUGCCGAGAAAGAUCUGAAGGCCAAGCUUGUGGUUGCAAAGGACCGCAUAGCGGAGCUGGAGCAGCAGCUCAACGCCCUGCAGCUGGGCUACGCCGACCUCCACGUGGAGAGGCAGCAAAUCCCCGAGCAGAGCAAGAAGUCCAGGCUCAAGACAUCGGCCUCCUUAUCGGCAAACAAUGACGACUUACUUUCCUUUGACGAUGCAUCACAUGCAGAGAACUGCCCGGAUGAUAAGGAGUCUCAAGCCAAGAGACCGAGGAUACGCUUCUCCAGUAUCCAGUGCCAAAAAUACAUAAACCAAGAGGGCCUGGACACGAGCCCUGUGAGCGAUACCUCUGCAGACACGAGGCAAAGCAUUACCGAGGAAGUCAAUGAAGACAUCCGUCCAAGUGAAGGAAUUAUCUCCUCUGAUAUCACCUUAUCUGACAGUAGUGACUCAGAUAAAUUCAUCUGUAUCAUCCACGCCCUGGAGGCUAAACUGCUCGCCACUGAGGAUAAACUGAGACGCCUCACCCAGAAUCUAGAAGAGGAACGAUCCCUCCAAGCAGAGGGCAUCUCAGGGACUGACGUAACGAUGACAGGAAGGCAGCCCAGCCCCGCUCAGGAGUUCUGUUGUGAAACUGGGAUCCAGAGGAGUAGCAGUGAGCAUUAUGCCAAGGCCCUGGCGUGUGUGGAAAAGUGUCGAGAGAAAGUCCGAUUUAUUCUCAGUGGCUCGGACGACACCGCUGACUCCCAGCUGCACUCGCUGUCAGAGAUAGAGAAUGAUCUGUUCAACGCAUCGCUGUUCAUCCGACAAGGACACGAGACGUCAGGAGAGCAGGCCGUCCAUCGAACCCCAGAGACUCUCGAUGAAGACGCUCUGCACCUCUUUGCAACGACGUUGUCGUUCGAAGCCGUCGCGCUGAACAAGAUGGCUCUGUUGAUACGCACGUCCAAGUCCGACGUCCUACAAUCUCUCGCUGAGAUAUGGGAAGACAUGGAGAACAUUAAAAAGGGGGACAAAGACUGCCUGGCUAUAGUUUACGCCGAUGUCUUGACCCGGAAGUUGAUGCUGGAGAGUUCAUUCUGUAAAGAAUUGGAAAAAGCUGAGACGGAUGGAGGUCCAUCCAGAGAGGGCGGAGCUGACGCAGAUGUCGACGCUGCAGCCGUCUUCAGCACCGUGGUCAAAGCAGAGCUGGCCUUCUCCAUUCAGAACCUCAAACUCUGCUACCAGGAGAAAUUCAAAAUACUGAAAAAGGAGUUGACUCAUGCCCACGAUAACCUCCGCCAGAGGGAAUUGGCUCUGAAAACAAUUAUCGAAGCUUCCAAAAGGCCCGAUUUGAAAAAUGUAAUCCAAGAAGUCCAACACAACUUUGGGUUUGGUAAACCGGAACUCGCCGACAUCCGCCCCCCUGAACUCGCCCCCUACAUGGAGCAGAUUGAAACGGAAGAGGCUCGAGGUUUAGCCGAGGACAUCGUCGACCGACACUUGGCUGGAGAGACGCCCUCUUGCGGCGUCGACUCCAUGGACUCGCUGCAGAAUGCCCACGACGGCCUGGCCGACGAGCUGCAGCGGCAAGCGGCCAUCCUCCAGAAGUACGCCGAAGAGAUCGAGCGCGGCGGCAACCGGCCCGGCCUGGCGGAGAUGAUCUGCGCUCUUCUGGGCCGCCGCACGCCGCGUCGUUUCACCGGCGCCUCGCUGUGUAUGCGCGACGCCCUGAUCCAGGCUCAGGUGGCGUAUGUGGCGUGCCGGCUCCGGGCGCUGCACCAACGAGACGUGGGCCGGUGCGAGCAGACGGGUCAGAACAUGGGCGCUCUGGUCCAGCGGCACGCCCGCAACGUCGGCGCCAUCCGAGAGAAAUACGAAGAGUCCCUGCGGGACGAGCGGCAGAACUUCACGCAGACGGUGUCCGCCCUCCAGAAGGAGAACCACGCGCUGAAGAGCGAGAUCAGCAAGCGCGUGAACCAGCUGUCGCAGCAGCAGAAGCAGCUGGCGCUCCUGGAGCAGCACUUCAACCAGGAGGCCGAGGAGCUGAAGCAGCGGCACCAGCGGGAGCUGAGCCGGGCGGAGGGCGGCCGCGCCGCCGCCGAGCUGGCGCUGGCGGAGACGGCGGCCGGCGGCCAGAGGAAGCUGGAGGUUCUGCUCGCCGACACGGGCGCCGCGGAGGAGCGGAGCGAGUGCCGCGCGAGGAGCCUGGAGGAGCAGCUCGAGCAGAGGGUCCGUGAGCUGCAGCUCCUCCACCGGCAGGAGGCCGACGAGCUGCACGCGCACUACGCCGAGAGCAUUCAGCGCAUCCACGAGCAGCAGCCCGGUGACGCCGCCACCCCGAUGGAAGAGGAGGAGCAGGGCAAGAGGGAGGAGGCGCAGACCAUGGGGGCUCUGAAGGAGCGCGUCCAGGAGCUGGAGGCUCAGACGAGCGCCAUGAGGGACGAGCUGCAGAGCGAGCACCUCCAAGGAGGCGUGGCCAGCCUGAGAGAGAAAUACCAGAGAGACUUUGAAAGUCUGAAGGCCACGUGCGAGCGCGGCUUCACAGCGAUGGAAGACACGCACCAGAAGUUAGUUCACGACCUCCAGCGGCAGCAUCAGAGGGAGAUCGCCAACCUCCUGGAAGAGCGAGAGAGGCUAUUGGCCGAGGAGACGGCGGCCACAAUCGCUGCGAUUGAAGCGAUGAAGAACGCACACAAGGAGGAGCUGGAGAAGACCCAUCGCUCCCAGCUGAGCGGAGUGAACUCGGACAUUGAUGAACUUCGCUUACAAUACGAGGAAGAGCUGCAGUCCAUCCACCGAGAGCUGGAGGUGCUGUCGGAGCAGUACUCCCAGAAGUGUCUGGAGAACGCUCACCUGGCCCAGGCGCUGGAGGCCGAGAGGCAGGCCCUCCGGCAGUGUCAGAGAGAGAACCAGGAGCUGAACGCUCACAACCAGGAGCUGAACAACUGCCUGACCACAGAGAUCACCCGCAUGCGCUCCUGCUUCACUGGUGACAUGGCGCUGUCGCCGCUUACCAAGGGCAAAGAUGUGUAUGAACUGGAGGUGUUGCUUCGAAUCAAGGAGUCCGAGAUCCAGUACCUCAAACAGGAAAUCCACUCUCUAAAAGACGAACUGCAGUCUGCGUUGAAGGACAAGAAAUACGCCACAGACAAAUAUAAGAACAUCUACACGGAGCUCAGCAUCGUGAAGGCGAAGACGGACUGCGACAUCAGCAAACUGCAGGAGAAGCUGCUCCUCGCCACGGAAGCUUUAGGCGAGAAGACGGUGGACGGCUCGGCCGCCUCUGGAUACGAUAUCAUGAAAUCAAAAAGUAAUCCAGAUAUCCUGAAAAGGGAACGAUCAACCGCGUCCAAGCAAUCAAGAGGCAUAAGGUCAAAGAGCCUGAAAGAGGGACUUACUGUGCAGGAGCGUCUGAAGCUUUUUGAGGCAAAGGAUUCCAAAAAGAUUUGAAUAUCAAGAGUCCGAGUUUUUGUUUCCCGUCCCUGACCUUUGACCUUUUGGUCAGAACGCUUCGGCUUUGCCGGCGACAGCUGACGGCUCUCAUCGGAAAAUGGAAACGCAUUCGUACCGGUCGGUUUGAAACCCGGACCUGCUUCCACGCCUCUGACAAGUCGUCAUAGUUUUGUUUUGAGUAUUUUGUAUUAUUAAUUGAACAGAAGUAAGGUUUCUUUUUUCCCUCCUUUGUUUUAUCCAUCGAUGUUUAAUCUGUCCAAUGGGUGUCAAAUGCGCUGCGAGGGGAUUCACCAGUAUUUUGACAGAUCCUGCCAAAUAGACAACACACAGUAUGAAUAAUAUAUAUUUCCCGAGAUGAAUUAAGUAUCUGCUGUAUUUUAUUCUUGUUACAGUUUCUAUAAUCCUGUGGACGUGUUGUUGUGGUUCAUCUGGACGCGUGUCGGGGCGUUGCUCUCGGCCGUUGGGCGUCUGCUGUGCUGUAACUGGUUUGGUAGUGAGAACAAUGUGACGCUGGCCCUGUGUGAGAGUUUUAUAAGCGAGUGUCUUGUGUGUGGAGCGGGAGACGAGGGGCGGGACGCGUAUCGCUCCACGACUUGAGGAAGCUCCUUUUCUUUAUUCCUCUCAAAUCGGCGUAGAUCGCGGUGCAACCAAACAUCCCGACUUCUUCAUUUAGUGGACGACUGUGACGUGUUCGUGAUGCUGGAUUUAUUUCUUAAAACCUGGAUUGUGUUUGUUUUGAUUUGGUGUGAGUUUAUCACCUCGGAUCAAUAAGCCGAACUCUUUGCAUGAGCGUGCAGAUCUGAACCGCAGAAUGAUGGCGUUGCAUUAUUUUCCUUCUUAACGCUUUAGUGUGAAACUCUUAACACGAAUAAGCUUCGCUUUGCUUUGCGAGUCCUACUGUUUAGCUGUUGAGAUUGAAACGUUUUACUGUAAACAGCACUCGGCCCGACCCCUGACCUCUCACUAAAAUCAAGUUGUGCCUCAACUGAGUGAAGAAUAGAAGCAUCCAUGAAACCUGUGCAGCUAAGGAUACACACUGUAUAGUAUUCAGACCACGCCUUGUGUGUACGUGCGUGUGUAUAUGUAUAUAUACAUGCAUGCCACACAGAUUUGUUUGUACCUUGCAUAUUAGCUCUAUAUUAAAUAUAUAUGAAUAUUUUUUAUUUUCAUUUGAAUGUAUAAUGUCAAAUAAAUGAAGUGUUUGGAAAUCUU